GCUGUGCUGACAGAGGCUGACCAGUCCAAGAGAGAGUCAGCAGCAGCUCCUGAUCCUCAUCCCAACAACACAAACGCAGAGGAGAGCAUUUCCAUCACCAUGAGUCCCAUCAGGCGCAAAGAAGCGGCGUGCCGGAGUCUCUUCGGCCCGGUGGACCACGACCUGCUGAGCCGGGAGCUGACGCAGAGACUGCAGGAGAUCUCGGAGCAGGACAGCCGCCGCUGGAACUUCAGCUUCCUCACCGACACCCCUCUACCUGGCAGGUACGAGUGGGAGGAGGUCCCGGCUGGCUGCUCCCCUGCUUUGUACCGGGAGUCCGCCGGGGGUGAGGACGUCGCUGUGGCUUCAAACCCGGAGGAGAGCGGCUGCAGCGGCCGCCUGCACCUCGGCCCGGAGAGCCCCGCUCCUUCCCCGGACACCAACCAGGAGAACUGCCCCAGCAUCUCCAACACACUGAAGCGUCACCCUGCUGAAGUGACACCCAUCCGGAGAAAGAGGACACUCUCAAAACACAAGGCCCCAAACAACACACACAUCACAGAUUUCUUUGUAAAGAGGAAAAGGACUUCAGAAUCCAAGGUCAUCCAAAUCCCUGCGCUCACAGCCUCCAGCGAAGCAACUCUAUGCAAAAGGAUAAGAUGAACUGCUAUGGACUAUUUUUUUUUUUUUUUUGAAACAUCAUGGACCUCACAGGCAUAGACCUACCUCACUGCACCAAUGAGACUUUAUUUUAUUUUAUUUUAUUUUAUGUUAUUUUAUGUUAUUUUAUGUUAUGUUAUUUUAUUUUAUUUUAUUUUAUUUUAUUGUUAUCUGAACCAGUAUUUGUGUUGUGGUUUAUUUGUGUUAUUAAGCUUAAUUUCUACCAGCAUCAUUAUUUUAUUUAUUCUAUUUAUGGACAACUUUAUUUAAUUUCUUUGCAUUUUCUGUCAGUGUUGAUCUCUGCC